AGCGGUUGAAGUGUCAUCUGCUCGCCUCAGUCACUUUUCAGUUACAAAAGAGAUUGACAAUUCUUCAGUUCGUUGGUAACAUCUGUACUGAAAGGAUCUCCCUUUGUUUAUUUUUCGAAAAAUCAAAUAAAAAAAAAUUAAAAAAUUUUGUUGAAAUUUAAAAAAUUUUUCCGUGAUUGUGUUAUUUAUAAAAUUUAAUUAUGAAAUUCGAAUAAGCACACAAGCACAAUGAGCAUAACUACACCCUCGGAUAGUAUCGACAUAGCGGAAAGGGUAGAUGGAAAUCUGGAACAACCUCAGGCCAUCGAUCUGUCGAUGCGGAAAAAUGUCCACACUUCGGACGAAUUGAAUAAGAGUGGAAAUUCGGUGAAUGGUCGGAAUAAGAAUCGGAAGCGGAAACGACAUCACAACAACAACAAAAACAACAACAAAAAAUGGUGCAAGAAAUUCAAGCGGCAACCAUCUCAGCAGCAGCUGAUGCACAACAACAAAUCCGAUUUGGAGAAUUUACAAAAUGUGAAAAAUUCGAACAACAAUCGAAAGUACGGUGGCAUGGUGUACGGCGGUCAGAAGCAUCUGAAAUCGAUGAAUCAAUCGAUAUUCAAGAACAUUUCGCACCGUAACUAUCGCUGCAUAUCGUUGCCGGAUAAACGGCUACGGAAAGAGUUGAUCAUUCCGCCAACGAAAUUUCUGCUCGGUGGAAAUAUCUCCGAUCCGUUGAAUUUGAACAGCUUGCAGGACGAAGCAUUGGACACAUCGGAAAAUGCUGCCACACCAAAAUCGUCACCGAUCACGACACCGCCAAAAAUCGAAGUCAUCAUACCGCCAAACAUUUUCGAUCCUUUGCACCUGUUGCAACCAGUCGAUUCAGCUGAAUAUGAGAAGCUGCUUACUGCCCCCAUGAAGCGGAAGGUGAAACAUCGCAAUCGCAAAAAGAAACCACGAAAGCGGCACGAUUCGUCCUCGUCAACAGUGGUAUCAUCAGCAAAUAGCACAGCGAUCAAUAUGUCGUCAGAUACUUCAGAAUUGGUGAUAUUCACUGACGAUGAGCGUAUUUCCGAUGCUGAAAAGGAAUUUCAGGAUGAUAGGCCUACCAACCAAGCAUCCGCUCAACAGAGUACAGAACGGGAACGAUGUCCAAAGGAUUUACGCUUAGAUUUAGGAGUGGACAAUGACGGAAACUCAAGUCGCAAACGGAAGAAUUUCGAAUGUCCCAACAGUCACAAGAAAGUAAGAAGAAUGGACUCCAUGGAUAAAAUUGUGAGUCCAGUGAUUCCGCAGCCGGGUGCAUGGAAACGUGGUCCGAUAGCUCCACCGAUGGGAGCUCCGCGGAAUCGAAAUCGCGUAUCUUCAACAUCAACGAGUGACGAUGUUUUGACGGUCAAUUCUUUGGCGACAAUCAACGAAGACGCGGCCGCUACAGCCUCAACGCCAUCAACUCUGGCUCACUCGCCUACCGAAGACGUUUUACAGGCGGAAAAUAAACCGCCACCGAAACGAAGACCAGAGAAAUCAAAGUACCAGUACGGGAAUCACUGUUCGUAUCAGGGCUUCGCAGCUCUCACCGAUAAUAACGAUGUACGGCUUCGGGUCUUCAAACAGUAUCCGUAUCUGUUCCAGAACAAAGACAUUUUAGAUAUCGGUUGUCAUGCCGGUCACGUGGCUAUAGCGAUAGGCCGAAUGCUCAAUCCCAAAAGUGUGCUCGGUGUUGACAUCGCUUCGAAUUUGAUUUCCAUGGCUCAUCGCAACUUGUCGCUGUUUGUCCGAAUUCCAACGGAAAAAUCGACUAGUUCCGCAGCGUCGAAAACUAGCGAAACGAAUGCAACCACAACGUGCAAGAAAAAGAAGCACCACAAACGGGACCGAGCAAAGGUGUCGGGUUUCUAUCCGAUUUCGUUUGGCAUCACCUACAAAGGCAUUCCACGGAUUCCAGGUCUGCAGAGCAAGCAAAGCGAUGAUCAAAGUUCGACUGUGUCGGCGGAUGUGUUCCCGAACAACGUGAAUUUCAAGACAAUGAAUUAUGUCGAUAUGGACGAUGUAAAUGUGACGAACGAUACGCCACAGUACGAUCUCAUUGUUUGCCUGUCGGUGACGAAGUACAUUCAUCUGAAUUUUGGCGAUGCUGGAUUGAAAAGUGCAUUUAAGAAAAUGUUCAAUCAACUACGACCCGGCGGUAAACUGAUACUGGAAGCACAAAAUUGGGCGAGCUAUGAGAAAAGCAAAAACUUGACGCAAACCAUGUACAGCAACUACAAAAGCAUCGAGUUCUUUCCAAAUAAAUUCCAAGAAUUUCUACUGAGUACCGAGGUCGGAUUUAGUCAUACAUCCCUGUUGGCAGUGUUACGGCACGCAAAGGGAUUCAAACGAUCAUUGCAGCUCUACGUGAAAGGCGACUUUACUCCGUCACAAAUUUGCUGGUCAGACAGCCAUAUUCCUCAAACGCCAUACGAAGAACCCUCCUCCCACAUAUACCGCGCCUAUUAUGCUCAAAUGAGACGACCGCGAACGGUUCGCUCUGUCUGGCAGAGUGACACACUAGCGCACAUGAGUUCGCGAUUCACACCGCACGGUCUAUCAUCCACGUCCCAAUACUACAAUCCUCUGGAAACGGACAGCUACCUGCCCAGCUACGACAAUGAGAUCCAGACUCGGCAUUACUGCUUCGUAAGUCCACUGUAUUCGACGGUAUGGUCUCCACCAAGUGGCAGAAAGUCGGCAUCGCAAACGCCACUGUUUGGCAGCAUUCGAAAAGUGGACGACGGAGACGAAAAUCUUCGACCGCAUGUAUAUAUACCGACCGGUAACUAUGAUGGCCGUGAUAGUAGCCGUAGCAUCGACGAUUGCAGUCAAUCGCCGCAGACGAGUCACGUGUAUUCGGCAGCAACGCCAGAGAGUCGCAGCUGUCGGGAACCGGAUGCCGAUUAUUGUUCACCGAAAGGACAUGUUUACGCAACGGCAUGUGAUAACUCGUCGAGUCCGCAACAGUACAGUGGUGAAAGUUCUCGCAGUAUUGAAAUCGAACAAGAGGACAAUGUUGAAGAUAACUUGGCAGAUACUCAGGCUCGGUCGUUUAGUCUAUAAACUGUAAAUAAUUUACAGACACACAAAACCAACACACAUUCACUGCAAAGAA